GAGGGUUGGACUUCCUGUUUCUAGCUUCUUCUAUCCGCCACGAGGAGACGCUGAUUCCAGAGAGAUCACUCAUUUGCAUUGCUAGUACUAUGACGUGAAGAUAAAUAUUUCUCUACUUUUUGGCCAAUCGAACUAUAAAAGGAAUGAGGAGCUCUGAAGGGUCAGAGUGGGCAUCUCGGGGGUCUAUAGGGGAUAAAGAAUGCCUGUGUGGCUGACAAGACCUUUCCAUCUGUCUCCGAGUGCCCUGUCGCCAGGCCACACCCAGAAGGCCAUCAUGGAAAAGUCACAUGAUGAAGACCAAUCCUUAAAGCCCCCAUCUGGCUUUCCCGAGACUCCAGUCUUCUUGAUUGUGAGACUCCAGCUGGUUCGUCCUCUUUCACCAUGGCAGACUUUGAAGAAAUCGAGUACGAAGAGGAAGAGGAAGAGGUUGAGGAGAAGUAUGAGGAAGAGUCUAAAUCCAAACACAAAACGAUUUAUGUGCCAAACAUGGUUCCUCCUAAGCUUCCUGAUGGCGAGAAAGUGGAUUUUGAUGACCUCCACCGCAAGAGGCUGGAGAAGGAUUACAAUGACCUGCAGAGUCUUAUCGAGCUGCAUUUUUCCAGCCGUCAGAAGGAAGAGGAAGAGCUCGUCUCGCUGCGCAACCGCAUCGAACGCCGCCGCGCCGACAGAGCCGAACAGCAGCGCGUCCGUGCGGAGCAAGAGCGUGAGCGGCAAACACGGGUGGCCGAGGAGAGGUCAAGGAUGGAGGAAGAGGCAGCCAAGCAGCGCGCCGAAGAGGACGCCAAGAAGAAGAUGGUAUUCUCCAACAAGUCAUUCGGUGGAUACCUGCAGAAGGUCGACCAGAAGAAGGGCAAGAAGCUGACGGCUCGUGAGGAGAAGAAGAAGGCCUUGAUGGAGCGCAGGAAGCCGCUGAACAUCGACCACCUGAACCAGGAGAAGCUGGCGGAGAAAGCCCAGGAACUCUGGCAGUGGCUCUACCAGCUGCACUCUGAGAAGUUUGACCUGUCUGAGAAGCUCAAGAAGCAAAAGUACGAAAUUCACGUGCUGCGCAACCGAGUCAGUGACCACCAGAGGUUCUCCAAAACUCUCAAGAGCUCUCGUGGAGCCAAGAGCAAGCCGAGUUCCAGGAAGUGAACAGACCCGACUGCAACGCCUUUUUUGGAUCCUUUUUUUCCAUUUUGCUUCAUAGAAGAGAUUCCAGGAACUGAUUCAAAGUUUAUGGGAAUCCUUUUCUGAGGGACCGAUCUUCAUCAACUAAGUCAAUUUGCCAAGUUCCUAAUGAAUCAUAUCAGUUGUUUUAUUUUUGUUUUGCUGUGUUUAUCUUUAUGAUUCUUCAUACCAGCUAACACUUUAUAUCUCUUGUUGAUCUAUAUUUUCAUUUUUAUGUACUCCUGUUUUUUCCAUUAAAUUCCAUUCUAUGUCGGUCUUUGUCA